AUGUCUCAAGAUCUCAAACCACUCCUUCUUCAUGCCCAUCUCGGGGGUCCAAACCCGUUCAAGGUGGCCAUUGCACUCGAGGCAUUGGGCUUGCCAUAUACAGUCAAGCUCUGGGAGUUCGGUGAUGGACCAGGUGGAGUGAAGAGCGCUGAAUUCUUGGAUAUCAAUGAGAACGGUCGUGUCCCAGCUCUCGAGGAUCCAAACACCAAAACCGUAUCUUGGGAAUCCGCAGCAAUCCUCACCUACAUCCUCCACACCUACGACCGCGAGCACAAAUACCAUCCCUCCCGUCACCCACACCAAACUGAAUCCGCAGUCCCAGCCGUCACGCGUGAUCCCCAAGCUCUCAUCGACUUCGACAAAUGGACUGCUUUCCUCAUCUCCACCCUCGGUCCAAUGCAAGGUCAAUUGAACUGGUAUGUCCAUUACAACAAGGAAAAGAACGAGGAUGCACGUCAACGAUAUGAGACUCAAACUUACCGCUGCUACGAUCUUCUCGAGGGUCAAUUGAAGAAGACGGAUGGGAAGAGUAUUCUCAAAGAGGGUUACUCGGCUGUCGACUGGCACUUUUAUCCUUGGGUUAUGAGUUAUGCGUUUGGUGGGUUGUCGGUUGACAAGUAUCCUAACAUUCAGAAGUGGUUGAAGACUAUUGAGGCGAAGAGGGAGGUUAAGCAGGCUUACGAGAAGAUCCCAAAGGCGAAGGAGAAUUGA